AAUAAUAACAACAAUAUAAUAUAUAUAUAUAUAUUUAAAAAAACAUGGCUUCUGGAGGUGUGGGCGCCGCCGAUACAGAUAACGAUGCUCUCAGACAACAUAUACGUACAAUAAUUGGCCAAAAAGUUAAUGAAUAUUCUGAGUACGAGUUGGACGACGAAACUACCAAAAAACUGAUCAAACAGGACGUCCAACGAGAGAUGAUAUUAUGGAAACAUCAUAGAAAACAAAUGCAAAACAAUGGUAAACCGCAAACUAGAUUAGCUAAACUAAAGCAAACCGUAACCAAAUUAAUUAAACCGCCACCACCUGAUCCCCAGGAGAUAGUAUUGAUGAACAAGGAUGACCAACAAUUUCAUUUGGCAAUGGCACUUAGUCGUCAACAUUUAAAUAACCAUGAUGAUGAACUAAAACUAAUUGGUGAAGCAAUUACUUUAAGUGAACAAUCAAAUGUAAUUGAAAAAUAUAAUCAUGAUGAAUUACAAUUAGCUAUAGAAUUAAAUAAGCAUGGUGAUGAUUACACAAUACAAACUAAUAUUAUCGAUAAUAGCGAUGAUAGUGACGAUAAUAAUAGUUAUAGUGUCAAUGAUUUAACCAAAUUUGAGUGCGAUAUAUGUGCCGAUGAUUUCCCAGUUGACAGUGCCGUUAGCUACGGGUGUGAGCAUCGGUACUGUGAAGACUGUGUACGUAAUACGAUGACCGUUGCCAUCGAUGACAAUCGUAUUGAAUCGCUUGCCUGUCCGGCGACCGACUGUACCGCUGAGGCCACACAACAACUGGUUAGGCGUAUUGUGGGACAGGAGUUGUACAACAGAUACGAUCUACUAUUACUUAAGGCAGCGGUCGGUGCUAUGCCUGAUGUGCAUAACUGUCCCAACACUGAAUGCGGUGCAAUGGUAGUGACCGAAAUGGAUCUGGCCAUCGGUAACUGUACCCGAUGUGGACUAGCAUUUUGUACCAGUUGUAUGAAACCAUAUCAUGGUGGCUAUGAUUGCCAGUUGAAAACCGAGGAACGGGAGGAAAUGAUACAGAUAUAUCAGAGCGAAUUGAUAGCCGAGCAACUGUACUCUGCGGAAGAGGCACUUGACCGGGCCAUAGCCGAAGCGGAACGGGAGGAUAAAGCAUGGAUUGAUCGGAUCAGAGAAGAACAGAAGGUUAUCAGAGAACAGGAAGCGAUGAUCGAAGAGCAGAGGAUAGCCGAUGAGGAAAGGGCUGCUGAAGAGAGACGUAGAGCCUAUGCCGAAACGUUUAGGCGAGAGGCCGAACUAAGGGAACGGGAGAUUAUUGCCGCACAGUCAGCUGAACGCGAACGCCGACAACGGGAUCGCCAGGAAGCCCGACAGCGUGAGGAACGGGAGUCCGAACAGAUUGUCCGCCAAGUGAGCCGUCCCUGUCCUAAAUGUAGAGCACCCAUUCAGAAAAAUGAGGGCUGCAAUCAUAUGACAUGCAUUCACUGUAAAUAUGAGUUUUGCUGGGAAUGUAUGGGCUAUUGGCAAGGAUAUCAUCAUAUAUGUCCUAGAUAA